UCCUCCUGUCAGUCACAAGGACAGUUUCAUCUAAGUAGUAUGGACAAGGCUGGAGAUGUAAUAUUGGGGGGUUUAUUUGAGAUACAUUUCUUUUCAGUGUUUCCUGAACUGUCUUUUACAUCUGAGCCUCAGCAUCCUACCUGCCAUGGUUUUGAUGUUCUAGGAUUUAGGCAGGCCCAAACCAUGGCUUUUGCAAUUGAAGAGAUCAACAGGAACUCCAAGCUGUUACCCAACAUGACUUUGGGGUACAGUCUGUAUGACAACUGUGUUAAACUCGGAAUAGGAUUCCGUGCAGCACUGGCAUUAAUAAGUGGUCAAGAGGAGCAAAUUCUAAUGGAAGAGAGCUGUGAGGGAAGCACUCCAGUGUUGGGAAUUGUGGGGGAUUCUUCCUCCACACGUUCUAUUGCCAUCUCCACUGUUUUAGGUUUGUACAGAGUACCUAUGGUGAGUUAUUUUGCCACAUGUUCCUGUCUAAGUGACCGCAAGAAGUUCCCAUCCUUCUUUAGAACGAUACCAAGCGAUGCUUUCCAGGUGAAUGCUAUGAUUCAGAUUCUAAAACACUUUGGCUGGACUUGGGUGGGACUUCUGAUCAGUGAUGAUGAUUAUGGGCUCCAUGCUGCCAGAUCAUUUCAGUCUGAUCUGAGUCUGUCUGGUAAAAGCUGCCUGGCCUACUUAGAGGUGUUGCCGUGGAGCAACGAGGCUGCAGAGCUGAGGAGGAUAGUGGAUGUGAUGAAGAAAUCCACAGCUCAUGUUGUCAUUGUGUUUGCACAUGAAAGCCACAUGAUCAAUCUCAUGGAGGAGGUGGUGAGACAGAACUUGACAGGCCUGCAGUGGUUGGCGAGUGAAGCCUGGUCCACAGCCUCCGUGCUUCAGACCUCUGACCUCAUGCCGUACCUUGGAGGCACAUUGGGCAUCGCUAUCCGUCGAGGAGAGAUACCAGGUCUCAGGGACUACCUGUCAGAAAUAAAUCCUAAUAUACAGCACAACAACAGCUAUGGAAAUAGCAUUGUAAACCAGUUUUGGGAAUUCACAUUUCAGUGUAGAUUUGCACCACCUCCAGUAGGCUGGGUUGAAAACGGGGGAAAGGUUUGCACUGGAAAAGAGGAUUUAAGGACUGUAGAGACUGAGUUCUUAGACAUUUCUAACCUCAGGCCCGAAUACAACGUUUACAAAGCUGUGUAUGCACUGGCAUAUGCCCUUCACGGUUUGUUGCAUUGUGAACCAGGGAGUGAGCCUUUUAAAGAGGGAAGCUGUGCUACUUUGGAAACACUUCAACCAUGGCAGCUUGUGUAUUACCUGGAAAGGGUUAAUUUUACCACAUCAUUUGGUGAUCAAGUGUCAUUUGAUGAGAAUGGUGACGCUUUACCAAUAUAUGACAUUAUGAAUUGGCUCUGGCUCCCUGAUGGAGUAAUUGGAGUUCAAAAUGUUGGAGAGGUUAAAAUGUCAGCAUUCAAUGGUGAGCAACUCACACUUGAUGUUGACAAAAUCUUCUGGAACUUUGAAUCCAACAAGCCACCCCGUUCAGUUUGCAGUGAGGUCUGUCCUCCGGGUACCCGUAUGGUUAGAAAGAAGGGAGAACCUGAAUGCUGUUUUGACUGCUUCCCCUGCGCUGAAGGAAAAGUCAAUAACAGGACCAAUUCCUUGGAGUGUUUCAGCUGUCCAGAGGAUUUCUGGUCCAGCCCCCAGCGAGAUCUCUGUGUUCCCAAGAAAACAGAGUUCCUCUCCUAUCAGGAACCUUUAGGGAUCUGUUUGACAGCUGCCUCAUUGCUGGGCACAUUCACCUGUGCUGUUGUUCUGGGGAUUUUCAUUUAUCACCGCAAAACGCCUAUAGUUAGAGCCAACAAUUCAGAACUCAGUUUCCAACUUUUGCUGUCUCUUAAACUGUGCUUCCUGUGUUCCCUGCUGUUUAUUGGACGGCCCAGGCUCUGGACGUGUCAGCUGAGACAUGCAGCAUUUGGGAUUAGCUUUGUGCUUUGUGUCUCGUGCAUUCUGGUUAAAACAAUGGUGGUUCUGGCUGUUUUCAAAGCCUCCAAACCAGGAGGGGGAGCCAGCCUUAAGUGGUUUGGUGUUUCACAGCAGAGAGGAACAGUUCUAGUUCUCACUUCUGUUCAAGCUGCAAUUUGUACGGCUUGGCUUGUCACCUACUCACCAGCUCUGCAUAAAAAUACUCACUACCACAACGACAAGAUAGUUUACGAAUGUGUUGUUGGCUCAACAGUCGGUUUUUCAGUGUUACUUGGUUAUAUUGGCUUACUAGCCAUCGUCAGUUUUCUGAUUGCAUUUCUGGCCAGGAAUCUUCCUGACAACUUCAAUGAAGCAAAAUUAAUCACAUUCAGUAUGUUAAUUUUUUGUGCUGUGUGGGUGGCCUUCAUACCUGCUUAUAUCAGCUCACCAGGAAAACAUGCAGAUGCAGUAGAGGUGUUUGCAAUCCUGGCCUCCAGCUUUGCCCUUUUGGUAGCACUCUUUGGACCCAAAUGUUACAUAAUUUUGUUGAGACCAGAAAGAAAUACAAAGAAAGCUAUAAUGGGGCGAAGCACCAUAGGGACUACUGAAAGGUAAAAAAGGUGUUAGAGAAGUUAACUACCUACAUACUAUACACACAUUCUUCUCCAGUGUAGUUGCAUUAUGUACAGCCAUAAAUACAACUAACUAAAACUGGGCAAACCAGAGUUUUCUCCUAAAUGCACCAUAACCCUUCUCCCACCCUUUUCAAAUAUGUAAGUUGAGUCAUGUCAUUUUUCAAUUUAGUUCAAUUCUUUUAUACAUUGCGCAUGCUAGGCACUUUACAAAACAAUCUGUUAAGGUUUGUAUUUGGAAGUAUAAAGGUAAUUCAGUCAAUUUUAAAACAGACUGAAAGUGUAUACAUUUGAGGUUUAUCUUAUAAAAUAAUGCAGUCAGGUUCAGUUUAUUAUUCCAGUUAGUAAAAAGGUUUUCUAUCUAAAGAAAUCCAGCUGACUGCUUCAAUUGACUCAGCAAUCCUUUCUUUUCAUAGUGCGUGUUG